AUGUCGGAUAUAGGUCAGAGGAGAGCGGAAGCUGAGACAAUUGUGAACAUCCUGCUGGUUGUGGCUACGCUCCAGCAGAUGCUCGAUUUUCCCAAUGACUUUGACUCUAGCAACCCAGAAUUUACAGAAUAUUUCCUGCAGCUGAUCAUCAUCCUCAGGGCGUCCGGUCUGCCCAAUUGGCAGUCACACAUAGGCUGGCUUGGCCUAUUCACCCCCGAGAUGACACUGCUUGCUAUGGACACUUUCAACGACUAUCUGAGAUACCUUCAACAGACUCAAUCGGUGGCGCACCCUCUCACAUACGACCGGCGCCAGAGAUUAGGGGAGAAUGUAUGGUUUGUCAUCUUUGAUGACCAGAGUGACAAGGAUUUCAAGCGAAAUGCAAGGAUGUCCAAGAAAACCUUCCACAGUCUUUGGGAAGCCAUUCGAGACAACGAGGCUUUCCACAACAAUUCAGGUAAUCCUCAGGAGCACUCGGCGUACCAAUUGUACACCACCUUGGUUCGCUUGGGACGACGAGGGAAUGGCAUGUCCCAUGGAGAGGUUGCCGAGAAAUUGGGGAUCAAAGCUGGUACAUCAUUCCUAUGGACUAUGAGAACUCUGGAGGCUAUUCACAGGUCCCUCGGCAGCAAGAAGUGUGCAGCCAGAGACCACAAAGUCUUCAACGACCACGUCAAGAAGGUCAGAGUGCGCAUAGAACACACCAUUGGCUACUGGAAGGCGCGCUUUAAGAGUAUCAAGCUGCUGUCACCGCAAGUGAAGUCUUCUGAUCACCAUGUUCUCAAUAUGAGCGUUUGGAUUGUGGUCACUGCGCUACUUCACAACUGGGUCAUUGACCAUGAAAAACUUGAAGAUGAUGAAAUAAUCAACCCCGAUGAUUUGGAAAAGAUCAUGCAAGAGGAGGCAGUAACUAGUGACAGACUGGACCAAGAAGAUAUCCAGCAGCUCACCGCGGCCAAGCGGCAGGAUGACGGGUAUAUGCGUGAGGCUGUGCGAAGACCAAUUGAGGGCAUGCAAGCGCAGGGAGAGAACGUUGCAUAUGUGGAUCCAGAGUUACCGCUUUUGGGAUGA